AUGACUAAGCCAUCUUUAUGGAGCUCUUUUACGAGUCAAAAAUAUUUGAAGAAGAUGCAUGCAACUGUUGUGCCUUGGAGAGGUGGAUCACACGUUUGGAGAAAAAUGUUGGAAUGCAGAGACUCUACUGAACUUCUGAUUUUCUGGAAACUAAAAAUGGGAUCUUCCCUAUUUUGGUUUGACAAUUGGACAGGCUUGGGGGGCCUUUACUUUGUAAUACCCCCGGAGUUUAUAGUUGAUGAAACAAUCCAUAAUGUGAAUGAUGUUGUUCUGGAAGGGCAGUGGGAUGAACAUAAAAUCAGAGAAAUAUUGCCAGGUGACUUAGCUAUGAACAUUAUGCACACUAGACAAGCUCCAUCAAUGAAUGAUGAACUGGACAAACCUAUCUGGAGUUUGGAAACAAGAGGUCAAUUCACGGUUAAGUCGGUUUGGGAAUAUUUGAUGAGAAGGAAAGAUCCAACUAUUACAUACGACAACAUAUGGGUUAAAGGAUUGCCUUUUAAGAUCUCAUUUUUUAUGUGGAAGUUGUGGAAAGGCUAUUGUGAAAUGUUGGACAACAAAGGUAAUUCCGAGACUCAAACCAAUAUUCCAAGCACUGCUAGGUAUAAUUGUGUGGGAACUAUGGAAAAUGAGGAAUAUCAACAAGCAUGGUAA